CUUUGAAAUAAACUGUCUCUUCUUAAAUCAAAGAUUCUAAAUGGGACAAAUAAAAAGGAAAGUAUGAGUUUUGUAGGAUUAUUAAAAAUAGUUAAUCGUUAUAUAUUGUGUCAAAUGAAUCAAAAUUGAAAUGUGCUUUUAUGAAUAACUACGUAUUUUGUUGACCCUUUCCAUCUAUGGUUUGCAUAUUUAUUGUGUCAACUUACAUUUCGUAUAAAUAACAUACUGUGGAGCACAUAGGCCUUCACAAAUUCGUCCAAUCUUUUUUCCCCUUACUUUAUUAUCAACCAAUUCUAUAAAAUAUAAUUGUAUAGGAGCCCUUAGUCUAUAGAAAUGGAUGAAAAUUCUUCAAUUGCUUUAAGCAAUGAUCAGAGUAUUUAUCGUUCUUUCCUCACUUCAUUUCAUAAACACUGUCCAAAUGAAUUUUUACGUAAGCUGUUAGCUGAAGUAAUAGCAACAUAUAUGUUGGUGUUUGUGGCAUGUGGAGUGGCCUCCAUAAGUGACACUAGUGAACAUAAGAUCACAAGGCUAGGAGCUUCCCUUGCCGGAGGAAUGAUUGUAACGGUGAUGAUAUAUGCAGUCGGCCAUAUUUCGGGUGCCCACAUGAACCCGGCCAUCACUAUAGCGUUCGCCGCCACUAGGCAUUUUCCUUGGAAGCAGGUUCCUGCAUAUGCAUUAGCACACAUAACAGGAGCAAUUUCAGCAGCAUUUACAUUGAAAUUCUUGUUACACCCCAUAAAACUACUUGGAAUUACCACUCCUUCUGGAACAACUUCCCAGGCUUUAAUAAUGGAGAUUGUUGUUACUUUUUGUAUGAUGUUCGUCAUUUCAGCCGUUGCAACUGACUCCAAAUCUGUGGGGGAAUUAGCUGGGAUUGCUGUUGGUUCUGCAGUUUGCAUUGGUUCAAUGUUAGCAGGGCCUAUAUCUGGAGGAUCAAUGAACCCGGUUAGAUCCAUAGGACCAGCAUUAGCCAGUGGAUGUUACAAAGAUCUAUGGGUGUACGUGGUUGGGCCACUAAUUGGGACAUUGGCAGGAGCAUGGUCAUAUGAGUUUAUUAGGGUUAAUGAGAAACAAGUCCAUUCAAUCUCUAGUAGGUCCUCUUUUGUUUGAAUUAUUUUAAGGGAGAGUUCUUUUAUAAUUUGCCAUAAUUAGUAUUACAAGAUAAUUUUUAUUUUACAUCCGAGUGUUCAUAUGUGCAUAGCAUGUAAAAUUUUAAAUGUACAUUUUGAAUGUCAGUAUAUAAUGGAUAAUGUGCAUCUUAUAUACGAAGUAGUAUAUUAUAUUAUAUUA